AUGGCCUCCAAGUGGUACCUAGGUCCCAAUGGUUAUACACCAGGAAUCCAUGGCUGUAUGACGUCCAGCACACUACACAUGGCCUCCAAGUGGUACCUAGGUCCCAAUGGUUAUGCACCAGGAAUCCAUGGCUGUAUGACGUCCAGCACACUACACAUGGCCUCCAAGUGGUACCUAGGUCCCAAUGGUUAUGCACCAGGAAUCCAUGGCUGCAUGACGUCCAGCACACUACACAUGGCCUCCAAGUGGUACCUAGGUCCCAAUGGUUAUACACCAGGAAUCCAUGGCUGCAUGAUGCCCAGCACACUACACAUGGCCUCCAAGUGGAACCUAGGUCCCAAUGAUUAUACACCAGGAAUCCAUGGCUGUAUGAUGUCAAGCACACUACACAUGGCCUCCAAGUGGAACCUAGGUCCCAAUGAUUAUACACCAGGAAUCCAUGGCUGCAUGAUGCCCAGCACACUACACAUGGCCUCCAAGUGGAACCUAGGUCCCAAUGAUUAUACACCAGGAAUCCAUGGCUGUAUGACGUCCAGCACACUACACAUGGCCUCCAAGUGGAACCUAGGUCCCAAUGGUUAUACACCAGGAAUCCAUGGCUGUAUGACGUCCAGCACACUACACAUGGCCUCCAAGUGGAACCUAGGUCCCAAUGAUUAUACACCAGGAAUCCAUGGCUGUAUGAUGUCAAGCACACUACACAUGGCCUCCAAGUGGAACCUAGGUCCCAAUGGUUAUACACCAGGAAUCCAUGGCUGUAUGACGUCCAGCACACUACACAUGGCCUCCAAGUGGUACCUAGGUCCCAAUGAUUAUACACCAGGAAUCCAUGGCUGCAUGAUGCCCAGCACACUACACAUGGCCUCCAAGUGGAACCUAGGUCCCAAUGAUUAUAUACCAGGAAUCCAUGGCUGUAUGACGUCCAGCACACUACACAUGGCCUCCAAGUGGAACCUAGGUCCCAAUGGUUAUACACCAGGAAUCCAUGGCUGUAUGACGUCCAGCACACUACACAUGGCCUCCAAGUGGAACCUAGGUCCCAAUGAUUAUACACCAGGAAUCCAUGGCUGUAUGAUGUCCAGCACACUACACAUGGCCUCCAAGUGGUACCUAGGUCCCAAUGAUUAUACACCAGGAAUCCAUGGCUGUAUGACGUCCAGCACACUACACAUGGCCUCCAAGUGGUACCUAGGUCCCAAUGGUUAUACACCAGGAAUCCAUGGCUGCAUGACAUCCAGCACACUACACAUGGCCUCCAAGUGGAAUCUACCUGGUGUAGCAUCAUACCCCAAUAGUGUGGAUGGUGCUUACUCUGUUGACAAUAAUCAUGUUCAUCUGAGUCAGACCAUAGGAUGUCUAGGUAAACCACAAGCUAAUCAACUAUAA